CUGCCACCGGCUUGUUUCCUUUAUAUCCCCGCGGAUCUAUAGGUAAAAUUAAACGUUAGUAGGUAUGCACAAAUUAUUAUUACCUUAGUUCUUGUUGAUAAAGUUGUCUUUGUUCGCAGGGAUGUCGUGGAGAUCAAAGUGCCGAGCCACACUCCUGUCUGAUCGUCCCUCUGGCGAUGAGGGGCAAGGCUCUGAGCAGCCCGCAGAUCCUGGGCUAGACAUCUCCCGGAUGGUGAUUGAUGCUCCCGAGGAGACUACGCCCGUGCAGCGUUUCCCCCCUGGCAAGGGGAAAAAUAUGGAAGUGCUGACCUUGUUCAGCCCCGACAGCCAGGGGGCUGGUGGCUCUGGCUCUGGCGGAGCUGGCAGAGAGUCCGCCAUUCCUGUGGUGGACGUUGAUGACGACCUUUCCAUCUCCGCCUUGGUCCGGGACAUCCCGACUCCCGCUUCUCGUCAAAUCCAACAGAAGAGGAAGGCCGCCGUGCAGGCCCUUGCAGAGAAACGACGCAAGAAGGACCCUAGCAAGGCCGACAGACUCGUGGACCCAGAGGUUGGGUCAGCAGGUGGAGCGGAGGCUGCCUCCGUGGAUGCUGAGGGGAGUAAGGUUCCGGCCCUGCCCGCAGGGGAAUCAGGGGCUUCUGGCUCCAGGCCAAUCUCGUCCCUAAAGGGGCGACACUUCGUCCGCACUUUGCUUUCUCAUAUCCAUCCUAAGGAUAGGGAGACCACAGGCAAAUUGAAACGGGCGACAUUGGCUAACCAGCUCAGCCAAUUGGCUCUUCAGCUGGAGUCCCGUGUGGGCGAGGCCAUCCAGUGCAUCGAUGACUACGAUGCAGUGGAGAAGGACCUGGAGAAAGAGAAGGAGCGGACGGCGAGUCGCGAUGAAGAGGUCGCGGGCAUGGUGGAGCAAUACAGCAAGGCCGAGGCAGAUGUGGCUGAGCUGAAGGCAAAACUUGCCCAGGCCGAGGUGGAGAAGGCCUCUCUGGCCUCUGAACUGGAAAGGGCCAAGAAAGAGGGGUAUGAUAAUAUCGUCCGAUUCCGAAUGAGGUAUCUGGAGGAGCACCGGGAAUCCCGGCGCAACUGAAAGGCAGCUUGCGAGGGUGCCCAGAAUCGGGGCUAUGUGAUGGGGGCCAGGGACCAGCGCCUGGAGUUCUUCCUCUCUCCCCAGGGCCAACAAUUCCUGGGUAUGAUGUUCGAAGGUACUUUGGCGGCCUUUCAGCGGACUCCGGACUAUCUUGAGGGCUUUUCCCAAAUCUUCGCCCACGUGAUAAAAGAAAUAUCUGUGAAGACGACGGAGUUAUUGGGAGCAUCAGCGGAGCAAGCCGAUGCCCUGGACAUGGGAGCUCUGAUGGAUCACAUCAAGGAUGAAGAUCUGAACAGGUUGCUGGGCAUCACUGCCGAGUCCCCAGAGAAGCCAGGGUGGUGGUAUCCGGUCCUGGAGAAGGCCCUUCCCCAAUUCGCCUUUGGGGUCUGCUCUGAACCGGCACCCACUGCCCCUGUAUACUGGCCUUCCUUCUGUGCUUCCCUGACGAAAUUCGUGAAUCAACUGAGGGGCCAGGCUGGUGUUGGUCCUCUGGGGUUCUCGCAGUUUGGCCUGGAGCCUCCUCUGCCCUCUGGCUUUAAGGCCUUCUACUUCGAAGACCGUGCGUCCUCCUCUGCAGCCGUUGAUCAGCUUUACGCCCUGUAUAAAGAUGAAACAACAUAUACCCAAGAGGCGUUAAAGUUGAUUGACGUGGAGGCUCGUCUCCCUGCGGUGAGGGAUUCGGGCACUUUGCCGGUGUUUGAAGAAGGGGGUCCCUCUGGCGAGGCUUCUGAAGCUGCCGCUCCUGCUGGUCCAUUAGCUCCACUCAUCUCGGCCUCUGCUCCUCCGGACUCCACUACCCCUGCUCCUGCUCCUCCCUCCUGACUGCGUCCGCUUUAUUCUCCCUUUUGCUUUCAGAGUUCUUAUAAUCUUAACUUUGUAAACACUUUAUGUU